UCGAUAUUUUCAUACAAAGUGAGGAUACAUUAUAAAUAAGUAUAAUAAAGUAGCGUUGAUGAGGCUUAUUCAUACACAUUAUGUGUGAUUUCAGUUUGACAAACCAAUGCGAAAUGUACCUACUAAUAUUCGUCGAAUAGUGAAUACCAAAGUUACACGCGCUCGCUUAUUUUCAAUAAGUAUUGAUAACAGCUAUAUAUUUAUAUAAUAGUGUCACAAUAUGCAUACGAUACCAAACUACACACUGCUCGAACGAGUUUCCUCAAUAAAUGACUUCAUUUACAAUAAUGAAUUGCGUUAAAAUAGUAUAGCAUAGAGCACGAUGCUCAGUCUAAUCUCGUAGGUCAAGUUCACAAUGUGUUUACUUAUGUACAUCAUUAGCAAAAUGUGAAAAAACCUCAGUGUACAUACCGCUUCCACGCGGCGAGGAGUUUCAAAUAUUGUUACAGUUUUUCACGCAUUUUUGAAAAUGUUUACGGUGCUUUUCAUAAUUUGUUUACGCGUGGCGUUUAGUGCGAGUGAUGACAGUGACUUAGGAUAUAGUUUGAGUAUAGGAAAUGCUAUAAAUGUGUUUGCCAACUACGGCGACCUCUCCCAAGUAACCCAAGUGAUCUCAGCCGACUACGACGACGAUGAAGACGAGUUCCCCGAGCCCUUCAGCGAGAAGAACAUUAAGGUCUUCCUCAAUGCCAGCAGCAAGGAAACCCCGGGCGAAGACCGGGUGGAGAUGAACAUACUGCUGUGUGAGACCUUUGAUGAGCUGCUUGAUGGAUACUUCCAGAAUUUUCAGAUUGAAGGAACAGACAAACCCUGGAAAGCGUUCAUGGGCGACUGGAUCCAAGACGAAAUCAUGCGCACCCUUGGCAUAGAUGUCGACCUCGUCCGUGACAACUGCUGUUACGUGCUACUCAAGCUGUCAAAAGUACACAAGACCGUCAAGAUUGACAGUUUGGACCACGUGGCUGUCAAGAGCUAUGUGGAGAAGGCGAUGAGCGCCAUGAAUGGGAGCGACGUGGCGGAUAUCAGGAAGUUUAUGAGGAGUUAUGGGACGCAUUAUAUAGAUUCUUAUGUGACGGGAAAUUUUGUGUAUCAGGUGUUCAAGUUUAAGCGGUAUGGGUACAACAUGCUGCGUUCGUACGUGAGGGACCGGAAACAUCAUACUGACAACUCGGACAGAUUGAGAUCCCACUUCGCGUCCAACUUCCUUAGACAAGUGGGAAAUAUUAGGAUAGCAAGCGGCAACAAAACCUUAGAAGCCUGGGCCCGACGAAACCUCCUCGACAGCCAAUACCUCUACUACCGACCAAGUUUACUGCGCCUUUUCUACAACAACGCAUUAAUAUUGGCCCUCAACCGUAUGCUAGACGACGGAGCGUUAUUAGGGCUGUCGCUUAAGACCCUGGCCCCGUUAUUUAAAGAUGAGCAAAAGAGAAAAAAAUAUGUAGAGGUGGUUGAGAAUGAUAUGAAGCUGUGGGAAGUUAAUGCUUAACUUUUUAGCUACAUAAACCAUUUAAAAAAUAGAUAAAUUGCGAAGAAACUCAUGAACUCUUUUGCUAGUACUUUUCCUACUGACUAAGCUUCGAUUUUUCUUCAAUAACGAUCCAAUUCUAACCCUUAAUCGUGUGUUAGACAACGCAGUGGUUUUUUUUAUACUAUGUCGGUGGCAAACAAGCAUACGGCCCGCCUGAUGGUAAGCAGUCUCCGUAGCCUAUGUACGCCUGCAACUCCAGAGGAGUUACAUGUGCGUUGCCGACCCGAAACCCGCCCCCCCCCCUCGAUGAGCUCUGGCAACCUUACUCACCGGCAGGAACACAACACUAUGAGUAGGGUCUAGUGUUAUUUGGCUGCUGUUUUCUGUAAGGUGGAGGUACUUCCCCAGUUGGGCUCUGCUCUAGAUCUGGAAUGACAUCUACUGGCUGUGCCCUACCACACAAAGCAAGAUGACAUUCACAAUGCCCAUACCUCUCUUUCAGUGUUACUAUAGCAAGGCUAAAGACCCUAGCUAUUUUGUUUAAAGAUGAAGGGAAGAUUAAAACAUAUGCAGAGGUGGUUGACAAUGAAGCUGUGGGAAGUUCAUGCUUAAUUUUUUAGCUACACAAACCAUUUUAAAAAUAGAUUAAUUGCGAAGAAACUCAAGAAAGACGGGAUACCUCUUUUCCUACUGACUAAGUUUCGAUUUUUCUUUAACAACGAUCCAGUUAGACGACUAAACGUUAUUGGGGCAGUCGCUUAAGACCCUAGCUCCGUUAUUAAAGAUGAGAAGAGAAAAAAAUAUCUAGAGAUAGUUGAGAAUGAUAUGAAGUUGCGGGAAGUUAAUGCUUAACCGUUAUUUAGAUAGUCAAAAAAAGUUUUUUUUAAAUACUAUAUAUUUUAAGAGAUAAGUUGGGAGUAAUGAUACAGAUAUGAAUACCCCCUUUACGGAAGCUACCUCUGCGAAGCUAGCCAAGCUAACUCUGCGUGGCAUUUGCAAUGAAGGUGUGGAAGGUAUUAAUGUCAAAUAUCUAUGAAAAUAUGACGUUUAAACUUCUUCACUUUUUUUUAUUAAAGUCUGUGUAAAGUUAGAUUAUACGGACUCUAUAUCACAAACCACUCGGAUUAUUCGUGUAUGCCAAGAGACAAGAACAAACUUUCUUAUGUAUAUGCACAGUUUUUUAUUUAAAAGUACCAGUGAUUUAUUUUAAAAAAUGUCAAUUUAUUGCUAAAAGCAUUAAUUGGGUCAAAAUUCUAUUCGUUUUCUUGUUUUUUAUCCCCAAUGUGACGGAGUGGAGCUUUUUGUAUGCGUUGAUUUUUUUUUAAUUUUUUCAAAUGAAUGAAUCUACAGCUAGAGAGACAAUAGCACUCAACUUUUUUAUUUAUUUGAUAAAAGACAAAAAUAGACGUGUGACUGAGUGGUCAGAAAUACGAGAACGAAAAGUAGUUUGACCCAAUUACUAGUUUUAAGAAAACACUUCCAAUUGUCUUUAUAUUACUUUAAAGCCACAGUUAUUUUCUGGCUUUGAGGAAUAAAUUGUAAAUUAAUUUGAUUUAAGUGUACAGUAUUGAAAAUAAAAUAAACAUUUUAUUAGUAA